AUGUCAUCAACAACAACAACAAUAAUUACAUCCAACAUUCAACAACAACAAAAACAAAUUGUUUUAAUUACUGGUUCAAACAAGGGUAUUGGUAAAGCAACAGCCAAAUUAUUUGCAAGCAAAGGAUUCAUUACCUAUGUAGCCGCUAGAAAUGAAGCUGAGGGUAUUAAAACAAAGAAUGAGUUGACUGUAGAGUACCCAAACGCUGAUGUUAGAUUCAUACAAUUGGAGGUGGGAAAUACCGAGAGUGUAAAAGCAGCGGUCGAAAAGAUCACUCAAGAGACACACUCAAAGCUCGAUAUUCUAAUAAACAAUGCCGGUGUAUUCAUGAGUGUCAACCAACCAUCUACCUACGACAGCGAGUCACUCAGAAAGACAUUCGAUGUCAACUUCUUUGGAGUUGUCGAGGUCACCCAAUUGUUCCUACCGCUACUUAGAAAUGGAGCUGCCAAAGUAAUAUUGAAUAUCUCUUCGGACUUGGGAUCGUUGAAUCUAUUGAACUACACUGACUACAAGUUUUCACAGAUCAACUCACUCUCCUACAAUAGUAGCAAGACUGCUCUCAAUGCAUUCACUGUUAUGUUGGCAAAGGAAUUGGCUGCCGACGGAUUCAAAGUUCAUUCGGUUGCACCGGGUUUCGUUAAGACACCAAUGAAUAACUUUACAGGUGAACUCGAACCUGAAGUUGCUGGCAACAUUAUCUAUGAAGCUGCCAUCAAAGACAAUGGUACAGGUAGAUUCUUGGGUUCAUCAUUUACUACAUAUCCAUGUGCAGAAUAG